AUCGGGUAAAUAUUUUAAAGCAUGAUGGUAAAACUGAUCAGUCUGGACGCCUCUGAAAACUAGGAGAGCGAUCAUUCUAAUCCCAGCUGUCAUAGUGUUAACUGUUUCUUGAGAGUUUCUUUCAAUCUCCAGUAAUGUUUUCGUUUGGGGGUACAUUCUCAUUCUCUCCAGGAGAAUUCAAUUGAUUGUCCAAGUAAAUCGGUCAUCUUUUGAAGUAACUUAAAAUUCAAUUAUUGUAAUUUAGAAGUAAAGUCCCCCUUAUAGAAUAUACUAAUGUGAUAGCUUGAAUUAGGAUGACGAUUGAUUCCCUCUAUACUUCGGAUCUUCAAUACCCCUUUUGGACUCUGACUGGCCAGGACCUGGACCUUCCUCUAGACCACACCUUCCAGCCAAGCUGACGAGAUGGUCAUCAUAAAGGGGAUUGGUAUCGUACUCAAUAAAUUAUCCAUCAUUUUAUUAGUUAUAAUGUCAUGUUGUUUUUCUUUUUUAUAGGAAUUUAGAAAUAAUAAAUAAAAUUUAGAGAAUUCAAAUCAAGAGGAAAAUCCUCAAAAUAUUGAAUACUGUACCUAAAUAGUUUUCAAAAAUUAAUCAAAUUGAAAUAAAUAGAAACUCAUUUUUAAAUGAGAUAAUUGAGACUUGUUCGAUAAUAAUCUGUUUUCCUUUUCUUCAUAGCCUAAAUUAUAAUUAUAACUUUCAACUUAUACAUUUCAAAUUAUUUCUUUUUGAAAUAUUGUAAACCAAUAAAUUUUGUAUUUCUUAGGAUGUUUCCUUCUUUUUAUUUCUUUAAAAAAUCUGCUCUACCAUCUUCAGCUAUGUAUCUCCUUUGUAACUCUUCUUCCCAUCUGGGAAGUGGUGAAGCCCCCAAUAUUUACAAAAAAUUAUAAUUUGGUUACAAAUGGUGAUACAUAUUAUUUGUUCUAUAUUAACGUAAUGCAAUUGUGAAAGCUUACUGCCCGGUACGUCACAAAUGGUGAAGUCACGCCGUGUUUAUUUCUGUUCACUAAAAAUUAAAGCUUGAAAAUAAAACAGAUUAAUCUAACCUUCAGUUGGACUUUUCCAGUCUCUCUACACAAUAAAAAUAUGAUUAGUAAAUUCAAUAAGUUUUGGUGUCAAUAAUAGUAGAUUUAAUAAUACAAUCAGAUAAAUAGUAAACAAACAAUUUUCUGUUCAACUUAAAUAAGAAUGUCAAGAGUAGCUAAUGAAAGGGAAACUUAAUUGACAGUAAAGUGAUCUUGAAAUUUAAUAAUACUAUGUUGCAUGACCUUCAUUUCAGCACGUCUGCGAGUUACGUUAUGAAUCGAGCUCAUUGUUAUUUUCAAUUGAUCUAUGUUAAUAUUUAUUCAAAUAAGAGAUAUUUCCUCAAAAAUCAGGAAGAAUGAACAAACUUCUACACCAAAUGAAUGAUUCAUUAUCAAAUUGAUUCAAUCAAAUUAGUUAUUCUAAGUUAUUGUUCUUUUGUUUAUGUGCAUGCCUCAAUACUAUUAUGCUCUAUGUUCACAUUACAAAUUUGAUUCCAAUCCCCAAUUUAAAUAGAAUUCAAUUCCAAUGACUAGUUUACCUGACCUUAGAAGUAUUUCCAUGGGUGAACUCGAUUUAACAACAGCGAUCAACCUAGCAGAACAAUACAACCUUUAUAUACCAAAAAAUGCGGAUUUAGAAUUUAUCAGGUCCACUCUCAGAUUAAUAAAAAAGAAUUUCAAUGACCUUCCUAAUUACAAAAAAGAGCGCGAAAGGGCUAUUCAAUAUAUUUUAACGACUGUUAAACUUUCAGAUGAAUUAAAAGACCAAUUCCCUGAUCUAUAUAAUCUAGAGAGAACCCUAAGGCAAAACUUUAAACUCCAGGAGGCAGGAGAAAAUUCUCGCCCAUCAACUCCAUCAAAAUUAGUAACACAAACAAGUCAAACCGAAUUUAUUUUCCCUAAAGAAAGUCUUGAACUGGCCACAAAAAGACAACAACUAUCCACCUCAACGCCAAAUUUAUUAUCAAUUCCUUUUAAAACACCUGAAGCUACGAACUCUAAAAUAGCUAAACAAGACGACCAAAUCCAGUCAACAAUGGCUGAAAGAAAAAGACCAUUUUUCACACCUCAAACAUUUUCCGCCGCACCUCACGGAAAUAUUUCCGACUUUAUUCAAAAUUAUAAACGAGUUGCCACGGCAGACUCUUGGGAUAAGGAUGAUUGCCUCACAUACCUUCCAUUCUAUUUGAAAGUGAGUGCCGCUCAAUACUUCAAAAAACCUGCAAAAAUGACCAACAAUGAGAGCUUCAAGGAUAGCUAUUCGUUAAUAAUAAGCGAUAACAGAACCGGAAAAAUAUACCAUAAUACAAAUUCAUUGAAUCAUAACUAUCAAGAAGCUAAAAAUCUAGCCUACAAAAUUUUUCUAUUGAGAAAAACUCUCCCAGCCUCGAAAAGCAUUUCACAUAAUUAUACGGGAAAAUACCAACAAUUGAGUUUUCAUAAUGGAAUGACAACCCAACUUCUAUUGAUUGGAUAUUUUAUCAAUAUACUUUACUAUUGGAUAACAUUUAGGACAAUUGAGGGAUUUUCAGAGCAUAACGAUAUUGCCAAACUAGAAAACAAAAAUUUCAAAAGUAUUAAAAAGUGCUUAGAUGAAAUACGACCGUUAUCAACUAUGGAUGAUAAGCCAAACGCUUUCUUGUUGAUAGAAGAAAAGCUCGCCAUCAUUACAAAAUCACCCCCCUUGCCACCUGAACCUCCAGAAAAAUUAGUACCAAUAGAGUCACAAUGCAAUACUGUAGGAUCAGCAUUAGAAACUGUUGGUAAAUCAAAGGAUAAACAAAUAAGUAUUUUGAUGGAUUCAGGCUCAAAUGCCUGUCUUGCUAAGAAAGACUUAGUUCCAGAAGAAGAAAUAGUUGAUAAUCUGGAUGUUGCACUAUAUGCAGCCAAUGGGAAAAAAAUCUCAUUCUAUGGAAAUGCAGUAGUAAAAUUUUCAAUAGAAAAUAUCGCAUAUGAACAAGAAUGCUACAUAGUAUCUACAUCAGUAGAUUUACUGGUAGGAAAUGAAUUCUUCUUAAAAAAUGGAAUUGAUCUCUCAAAUACAGCUCCCACGAGAUAAAACUCGAUGAGAGAGUAUCCAUUCCCAUGGAUAGCAAUUGGAUAAAGAGAGUACAAUGUCAAUCAUAUAUGAUAACUCAACGUUUCAUUCUAGAUACUGACAUGAAAAUUCAUCCGUUAGAGACAAAAGAAAUUGCAAUGUGGAAAAACUCUCACGAGAGUAGCUCACAAUUUUUCACACCGAAGAAUACCUUGCUACGCAAAACCAUUUACUCUCACGCAUUAUCCGAUGAGGUUGACAACUUUCAAAUCAUAAAAUUUCAGAUAUCAAAUAUCUCAGAAAAAUGCAUUAAACUGAAAGCAGGCCUAGAAAUUGGCGAAGGCUCCGAGACAAGUUUUUCCGCACAUUCAACAGAAAUAGAAAAAAAAUCCCAUGGGACGAUCAAAGAGAUACCUAUUGUUUUAAAAAACGAUAUUCUUUUAAAACCUUAUCAACAGAUUCAUGUGUUU